AUGACCAUGGCGUUAAAAAAAUUCCUUGAGGAAAACCCUAAUAUAAAUGAAAUAAUACAGAAGUUUUCGGAACCGGGCCAUGGACAAGUACAAGAGGUUGAUAACAUACAUUCGCAAAUUGACAGGAAGUUUGAACACCUUGAGAUUUACAGCCCAUUGGGCCUUUUAAGAUCCCUGAAAGCUGAAUAUGAGAAAGCUGCAAAAAGUUUUAAAUUCGACGAAGUGCCUUAUUGUUCAGUUAAACAAUUGAAAUACAAACCAAAUGAACCAUUCCACAUUUAUUACAAAUUGGAUUACUCAGAUGAAAUCUCACAGUUUAAGGCAGUUCAAAUAACACAAAAAACCAGAAAUAGCCCACUUAAUGCUAAACUGCCCAAAAUAAGUACAGUUCCAGAGCCAACAAAGUGCCUUCUCACUGAGGACAAGGUGUAUCAUCUUUACAAACUGUUUAAGUUUAUUCCAGAAGUAGACAGAACAUGCUUGAAAACUUUCUUCUAUGAAUACAAAGAUGAGAAAAAUAUCAAGAAGUUAGCUAAGCAGUUAGAAAAGAAGGAAAAGAAGGACAAAAGCGAGAAAGAAAAAGAUAAAAUUAAAGAGAAACCCAUGAAGAAAGCAAACAAAGCUGACAAUAAGUCACCGAAACAGAAGAAAACCUAA